AUGAAAGUCAAGGUUCACCACCGAGGGUCGUGUACCCACCUGGGAAUAAUAGGUCCACGGUUCCUGAAGGGGCCAGAUCCGCCUCCACUAGGCUCACGGUUCCUGAAGAACCCUCGACCACCACUGGGCUCACGGUUCCUGAAGAACCCUCCACCAUCACUGGGCUCACUGUUCCUGAAGAACCCUCGACCACCACUGGGCUCACGGUUCCUGAAGAACCCUCCACCACCACUGGGCUCACUGUUCCUGAAGAACCCUCCACCAUCACUGGGCUCACUGUUCCUGAAGAACCCUCCACCAUCACUGGGCUCACGGUUCCUGAAGAACCCUCCACCACCACUGGGCUCACGGUUCCUGAAGAACCCUCCACCACCACUGGGCUCACGGUUCCUGAAGAACCCUCCACCACCACUGGGCUCACGGUUCCUGAAGAACCCUCCACCACCACUGGGCUCACGGUUCCUGAAGAACCCUCCACCACCACUGGGCUCACGGUUCCUGAAGAACCCUCCACCACCACUGGGCUCAAGGUUCCUGAAGAACCCUCCACCACCACUGGGCUCACGGUUCCUGAAGAACCCUCCACCACCACUGGGCUCACGGUUCCUGAAGAACCCUCCACCACCACUGGGCUCACGGUUCCUGAAGAACCCUCCACCACCACUGGGCUCACGGUUCCUGAAGAACCCUCCACCACCACUGGGCUCACGGUUCCUGAAGAACCCUCCACCACCACUGGGCUCACGGUUCCUGAAGAACCCUCCACCACCACUGGGCUCACGGUUCCUGAAGAACCCUCCACCACCACUGGGCUCACGGUUCCUGAAGAACCCUCCACCACCACUGGGCUCACGGUUCCUGAAGAACCCUCCACCACCACUGGGCUCACGGUUCCUGAAGAACCCUCCACCACCACUGGGCUCACGGUUCCUGAAGAACCCUCCACCACCACUGGGCUCACGGUUCCUGAAGAACCCUCCACCACCACUGGGCUCACGGUUCCUGAAGAACCCUCCACCACCACUGGGCUCACGGUUCCUGAAGAACCCUCCACCACCACUGGGCUCACGGUUCCUGAAGAACCCUCCACCACCACUGGGCUCACGGUUCCUGAAGAACCCUCCACCACCACUGGGCUCACGGUUCCUGAAGAACCCUCCACCACCACUGGGCUCACGGUUCCUGAAGAACCCUCCACCACCACUGGGCUCACUGUUUCUGAAGCCCCAUCCUCCUCCAUUAAGCUCACGGUUUCUGAAGCUCCAUCCUCCCAAUGACUGCUAA